AUGAAUCACGUCGACGUCGAUCAAAUUCUCGAAGAUUACGCAUGGAAUCAGUUUCGCGAUCUUCAAACGAUUCGCAAAACGCGACUCGACGACUUCCGCAACCUCGAACGCGACGACUGCGAAUUUUUUAUUAAUCGCAAACAACUUGUCGUGAUCAAUGAGGAUCCACAGUACUCGCACUUCCAGCCGGCGGGCUCGAAGCCGUACACUCUGUUCAAAUCGAUUUACACGAAUAGCACGAAUCGACCACAAGAAUACAGUUUUAAGACUGAAAGAACCACCGAAUCGUUGUGCUCCGUUGCCAGAGAACAGGGUUAUACAAUUGGGGCCGAAGCAGAAUUGACUCUCAAAACGCCAUGCGAAAUUGCUGAACUCAAGGCUGGAUUCAAACAUGAAAUGCAUUUCAACAAUUUAAACGAAAAUUGCCAAACCGAGAUUCUCACUUGGGGUGUCGAUAGCAAUGUUUCGGUCCCACCACGAUAUAUGACUGAAGCAUCAAUUAUUAUUGAAGAAAUGAACUAUCGAGGAAGCUAUACUGUCGUUUCGAAGCUUUCGGGCACUGUCGUGAUUUCGAUUAGAAGAAGAAAGGACAACGUGUUGGUGUUGCCAAUUCGCGUAGGAAUUGCUGAAGUAUUCCGAGCACAACUCGAUAGUCCGCACUGCAGAAAAGAGAUCAAGCAAGUUGUGAGUAUCGAUCACAACCGCACCGUCAAACUAAUAAGCAAAGGCACAUGCCAAUUCCAAUUCGCGAUGAAGCAACGCAUCGAUCUCAAGGAAAUGCCAAUGCCGGCCGUCGACGAGCUUGUUUAUUAA